AUAUUAUGUUGAAGUUGUGUGCCAUCAUAACAUUAUGACCAAUUAUUACUUGUAAAUGAAUUGAUAAGACUUGGUUAGCUUUUUGCGCGGAGUAAACAUAGGCUUAGAUUUCUGAAAAUAUGGCUAAAAUAUAACAUAUAAUAUGUUUUAUGUAAUGAAGACGCGGAUUCAAUUAUCUAAUGUCAAACCUGUCCCAUCUUCACCUUAUAAUUCAUACUAAUCCUCAUAUUUUUUAAUUUAAUAACGUAUAAAAUUAUCAACGUCAUUCGCACAUCUUUAGAUUUUAUAUAUAAAGUUUCCUUUGUCUUCUUCGAUCCUCUCAAAAUCAAAAUAUUUCAUCUUAACACACAUAAUCUCUAGAUCUCUUGAUCAACAAAACACUCAACUAUAUGGGCAACUACGUUUCAUGCGCUCUAAGCAAAACGACUUCAUCUAAUUCAUCAUCAUCAUCACCGGCGGCUAAAGUAAUUCUCCCGGACGGUGAAGUACGUGACAUCAACGUACCAACAAAAGCAGCCGAGCUCAUGAUGGAGAUGUCAAGCCAUUUUCUCGUUAACGUCAAGUCCUUAAAAACAGGUCGUAAAUUCAUCCCUCUCGCAGCCGACGACGACCUAGACGUUGGAGGCUGCCAUGUAUACGUCGCGUUCCCCAUGACCCGUGUGGCUUCCGCAGCCAAUGCAUCCGACAUGGCUCGGAUCUUCAUGGCCGGCAAGAAACGUUUGAGAAGCUGUGACAAUAGGAAAGUGUCUCCAGAGGAGGAGGAAGAUGAAAACGCGAGGUUGGUUAAGGGAACGAAGCUGAAUCUUGAAGAUAUAGAAGAUUUCUCGGCGGUGGAGUUUAUGCAUAGGAUCUCUGUUUCCAAAUCUAAGAAGCCAGAGUUGGAGACAAUUGUCGAAGAAAACGUGUCGUUGUAAUAUUACAACAACCCGAUCUGUUAUUUAUUUAUUUUAUUUACUGAAGUGCCUCUUUUUUUUUGUGGUAUUAAUGUAACAGAACGAGACAAUAAUAGUCCAGAUAUAGGUUUUGUUUCCCUUAUGUAAAUGUUUUAUUGGGGGUUAAUUUGUGGAUUGUGGAAUCAUUGGUAAAUUAAGAAUACAAAACUAUACUUUACUUAAAAAUCUUAUGGAUAAAAU